AUUGAAGCUCCAUUGACAAUACCGGAAUUCAAGGACGCUGUUAAAGUAAAAUUCAUCCCAGCGCUUCAACUUUCAGGUUGUUGAGGGUUGUCGAGAUUCGGUUAUCAACUGCGAAAGUAAACAUGGCUCUCAAUCAUCCCAGUCUUGGCAAGAUGCGGGGUCGAGUCUCGGAUGAUGGACAGACAGUGCAAUAUCGCGGCAUCAAGUAUGCACGAAUACCCGGACGAUGGCAAGACCCAGUAUUGCUUGAUGGGCCAUUGAAUAGAAGUGGAGACGGGAAAGAGUUUGAUGCAAGCAAACAUGGGCCUUCGUGUCCACAGCAUCCGGGAGGUCAUGCUUUCGAUCUUUCUCUUGUGGGAGAGGUGGAGCUUGAGAAUGAGAAUACGGAGACAGAUGAGUUUGAAUGUCUUAAUUUGGUAGUGACAGUUCCAAAGGGGGUGAAAGAUGAGGAUAAGCUUCCUGUUUUUGUUUGGGUUCACGGGGGAGGUUUCUCCAUAGGAAGUAGUUGUUGGCCGCAGUACGAUCUGGAGAAAUUUGUGAAAACGUCUGUUGAUAUUGGAAAGCCAGUCAUUGGAGUCUCGAUAAACUAUCGCCUGGGAAUCUUCGGAUUCCUCGCCUCGGAUGAACUUGGCUUGCCAGGCAAUUACGCAUUGAAGGACCAAGCAUGCGCUUUUCAAUGGGUCCAGAAGAACAUUGCAGGAUUCGGAGGAGACCCCAAUAGAAUCACAGCAGCAGGCGAGUCUGCAGGCGGAAUCUGCAUAUCCACCCUCCUCCUCGUCACCACCCCACCCCUCUUCAACCAAGCCAUGAUAAUGUCCGGCGAAAGCACACUCCGCAAAGCGCGCAGACCGAAAUGGCAAAACAACCACUACAACACCAACACCAAACUUCUCGGACUCGAGAACCUGACUUCCGAAGAGAGGAGACGGGCAUUGUAUGAGAUGAGCGCUGAGGAGAUGGUGAAGAAGUUGCCGAUGUUUCAGAAUUGGAGUCCUUGUUUGGAUGGGGAGUUUAUUCGCGAGGAGGUUGAUUUGGGGAUGUUGUCUGAGAAAGGGGGAACAACGGGGCGGCCGGAGUGGUGUGAGAGGGUUUUGAUUGGGGAUGUGGAGCAGGAUGGAACUGUCCUCAAAGCGCGUAUUAUGGAUAAUCCAGACAUUAUGACUAGGCUACAUAAUUCCCUAGCCGCAUCUCUCAGUGCUGAAGAGGGUAAACAAUUACUCGACUCUUACGGAUUAAGUGGAACCUUGACUCCAGAGAAACAGUAUGCUGGACUGCAACAGCUAUCUUCAGAUCUGAGAUUCUACUUCCCAGUUCUCAAGACAGUAGAGGGAUGGGAAAGAGAAAAUUGUUUUCGAUAUCAUUUCCACCAACAAAAUAUCGUAACCGGCCCCUUCAAAAACCUCUCCUCCCACGAACUCGACGUAGCCUACCUCCUCCAGAACUUCCCCAUCUUAAACACGCAGCCUGAGCACGACCGACUCGGGAAAGAAAUGGCCGCUAUAUGGAUCAAGUUCACAUACGGUAACGGUUGGGAUAAGGAGGAUGGGGAGAAGGAAGUGUUGGUUAUUGGGCCGGAUGAGAAGAUGAGUUGGUGGAGUGAGAGGGGGUAUGAUGAGAGGUUUAGGGAGGGGAGGGGAGGGAUGUUGGUGCGGAUGGGGUGGGAGAGGGUUUGUAUGGUGGGGGAGAUGGUGCAGGGUGUUUGGGAGGAGAGGGACUAGCAGGGGGAGGAGGGGAGUGAGUCGAGGCUGUGAGGGUGACAUGAGAAUGAGGAUGAGAAUGAGAUAAAUUGUAUAUACCGCGGUUAAGCAUGUAUAUUUACGCACUCUGAGGAUCUGUACUAUUCUGUUGUUUACCUGACGAUAGAAGCAGUAAAUGUGGGGCCGGCCUGGUAUCGACUCGGUAAAAAAACAUGUGCUCUCGAAUAGCUGGAUCAUUUCAUCAAACAACUGUAUGAACA